CAGUAACAGCACCAGCGAGAGCGAGCCAGCUCCUUAACCAACCUUCACCGCUAGUACCGCUUCUGACUAGCUUCGUUUCUGGUUCAGGCGCAACCUCCUAUUUACAACAUCCUCUGGCUUAUUUGAUCAAUAUUGAGUGCGGCUCCCGUCACCUGUCAGCACCACUCGAGCUCCGUUCAUAUUCGAAGCCUUUUGUGCCAACUCAAGUCUGUCUUGAAUUCUGUAGCUGAUCUGUCACUAUGUCCAACUUCUUGACUGGAAUGUAGGUACCCAUUUGCACUUCUGUUGGUGCCGUUUCUUGUUGGUUAUACGCCUGGAAAGAGAUUAGGCAUUUGUUCCUGUUGAUUUUGAAUUUUCUGGAAUUUGAGCAAUUUUGAAGAAAUCUACAGCUGUCUAUCUUUUUGUGGCUUCAUUCACCCAGUGGGUGACGGAUUGUCUAUCCAACAGGAGAUCGAGCAUUAGGGUUGGAUGCCUUCACAAUAUCAAUAGGAGCUGAGACAGUCUUAGAACGAUUGCUCUCUCUCUCAUGUUCAGAUCUUUCUUCGUCUAGCUUAAACCUUGUUCUGUUUGCCUAUGCUUUGGUCCAUCGAAGUUCCAACUGUUGGCAGAAAUUGUCAUAUUGUUCCUUGUCAUGUUUUAAUCACGUUUUUUUGGCUUCUGAUGAGACUUCUUUGCUAAUAGUUCUCACUUUACAGUAGCGGUCGCUUCAGAGGUGGCGGUAAGAAUGGCGGCACCAAAAGCCCUGGACCUGGAGCACAGCCAACAUCACCUACAGGCACCUCACAGAGCAGCUCAUCAUCAACCAAUCUUGCACCAAGAGUCCCGCCACUACCCAACUCUCCUUCCCUGUCUCAGACUCUAUCCAUGAACGAUUCUUCAAGCAGUCUUCCUACUGGUGAUGCCCUCUCCUGCUACAACCUUCCACGGCCAAAGCCACUAUGGCUGAACGAUUCGUAUGCCAAGCAUAUUGUCAAAGGCAAUUUCAUGACUUUGUCAGCUCGACCCAAGACAGUGGAGCAAGGCGAAUGGAUUGCUCACCAAGUCGUUGAACAUUACCGUAAUCUUUGGAACUUUGUGCGUGUUAUCCACGACAAGGAUGAAGAUGGAACCUCGAUAUGUAAUUCCCAGACCUGCCCUCGCAUGUCAGCUGGAGCAAACCAUUCAUUUACCUGGUUAAACUCUCGAAAAGAGCCAGUUGAAGUCCCCGCCCAUGAGUACAUCUCUCUGAUGCAAAGAUGGAUUUCCGGAAAGAUUGACAACACCGCCAUCUUCCCAACUGAUCCCGCUGGCGUUUCCUUCGCACACAACACUGGUGGCCCAGAUAUUGCCUCGGCAACCUAUGCAUCAGGUGGGCUUAACACCCCAGGAUCCAAUACCCCAAUCCCAGCCGGUCCAACAAGCCUCAACUCAUCCCUUUCACAACUUGCUGGCCCGGGUGACUGGAUCGGGAAGAGCAGUGGAUUCCCAGUCGAGUUCGUCGAUGUCUGCCAAACCAUCUUCCGUCAAAUGUUCCGGGUCUACUCACAUCUCUACUGGGCUCACUUCAUCGAUCCAUUCUAUCAUCUUGGCUUGGAGAAACCCAUGAACAGUUGUUUCAGUCAUUUUGUUCUCACCGCUACCGAGAUCGAGAUGCUGAAGCCUCACGAGCUGGAGCCAAUGCAACCCUUGAUCGAUUUGUGGGCAGCCAAUGGAACCUUCCCCAAGGAAUCUAAGGCCUACGCCUGUGCUAAUCUCAAAGCUGGAGAGCGGUUACUUGCGUUGUCUGGUGUCAAUUGA